AUGGCUACCAACUCUAUUAAGCUAUUGGCACCGGAUGUGCACCGUGGUCUUGCGGAGCUUGUGGCUAAAAGACUAGGUCUCAAACUCACGGAUACCAAGCUAAUAAGAGAUCCUACUGGGGAAGUUUCCUUCUCUAUUCAAGAGUCCGUGAGAGACCAGGACAUAUUUAUCAUCACGCAGAUCGGGGCUGGGGUUGUUAAUGAUCGUGUUCUCGAACUUUUAGUCAUGAUCAAUGCCUGCAAAACGGCUUCUGCUAGAAGGAUCACAUCUGUGCUGCCAAACUUCCCAUAUGCUAGACAGGAUAGAAAAGACAAAAGCCGUGCGCCUAUCACGGCCAAGCUCAUGGCUGAUAUGUUGACCACAGCUGGCUGCGAUCAUGUAGUGACCAUGGAUCUCCAUGCUUCUCAAAUUCAAGGGUUUUUCGACGUGCCAGUAGAUAAUCUCUACGCUGAACCUAGCGUUGUCCGUUACAUCCGUGAAAACAUAAAUUUCAGUGAAGCGAUAAUCAUCUCCCCAGAUGCCGGUGGUGCCAAAAGGGCAGCAGCGUUGGCUGAUAGAUUAGACUUGAAUUUUGCAUUAAUUCACAAGGAAAGAGCAAGGGCUAAUGAAAUCUCAAAAAUGGUUCUGGUGGGAGAUGUAACCGAUAAAAUUUGCAUCAUUGUAGAUGACAUGGCCGACACAUGCGGUACUUUAGCCAAGGCUGCUGAAGUUUUACUCGAAAACCGUGCGAAAUCUGUUAUUGCCAUCGUCACACAUGGUGUGCUCUCAGGAAAAGCCAUUCAGAACAUCAACAACUCGAAGCUGGACAAAGUCGUGUGUACAAGUACAGUGCCAUUCGAGGAAAAGAUGAAGUUGUGCCCCAAAUUGGCCGUCAUAGACGUUAGCGCCGUUUUAGCGGAAAGUAUUCGUCGUUUGCAUAACGGUGAGAGUAUUUCGUACCUAUUUAAACAUUCUCCACUAUGA